CUCCCGUGCGUGCCAACGCGUCGCCAUGGAGAUUUUUUCAAACGUAACGCUGAGAGGCGACAGAUUCCGAAGGGGACAGAGGGGGAAAUGGCCGCCUGUAGGGCCUCUGCGGUGUGUAAGAUCGAGGAGAGGAGAAUAACCGCUGCUGACAGGAGGAAGUUUGUGUCGGUUUUUGAUCAGUGUGAUGUGGAAAAGAAGAGCUAUUUGUCCAGGGAGGAUCUGAAGAUAGCAGUGGUCAUGCUGUUCGGUUAUAAACCUUCCAAGUCAGAGACCAGUAUGAUGCUGGAGGCUUGUGCUACACCAAACUGUCCAGGGGUCUCUUUGGAGCAGUUUGUGUCUCUCAUGGGGAGGAAGUUAUCAGCAGGGGAUCCAUAUGAGAAGACGAGACGAAUCUUCAGGGCGUUUGAUCUGCACUGCCGCGGAUUCCUCAAGGUCGAGGACUUCAGAAGCGCGUUUGCGAGAGUGGUGCCCAGGCUGCCGGAGCGCACCGUGCUGGAGGCUUUUCGCAGAAGAAUGGAGCGACCCUGCAGGCUUCACACCAUUAGCAGAGAGGCGGGUGCCUCUUUAUGCGCAGCAGAUUUAUGGGCGCGCGCCUGGCGCUCCCGACCGACGUUGACGCCGUCAUCGCUUUCUCCUCCGCCCGCCUGUUGCCAUGGCGACGGCGUACUCGGAGCCGGGGCCCCAACGCACCUUAAGCAGCGCCUGCAGUUUUUCUUUUUUUUUCUUUUGCCUUUUUUUUUUCCUCCCUUCCUCUGCGUCUUCUCCUCUCUUUUGUUGUCUGUGUUUCCAGAGCAACUAUCUGUCAUCUCCUUUCCAUAAAUACUUGCUGCACACAUUCUUGAGAGAACGGCAAGCUCAGCUUUCACAUUGUCUGCUUUGAACGCUCACAGCUGUAAUCAAACCUUACAGAUAGAUGUCAAGUGUUGCUCUAGGAAGGCUCUUAAAUGUAUAUAAAAAAAAAAAAAGCUUUGUGCAAUGCAUUUUUUUAUUUUACGCAUUUUUCAUUUGCGUACAUUAUCGAUGGAAUGAAGCACGAACCUGGUGAGCAUUUAAGUCCAUUUUUUGGUUUGAUGCCCUUUUUCAGCAUACCGAACGUAAUCAGACCGUCGCGUUGCCCGUGUCACUGAAUCACGAGUAAACCAUCUGAAAGCCGUCGGUCUUAUCAGAGAAAAAUAAUGAAGUAAUUAUAUACGUCUCUGAAUGUUUCGGCGCUCGAGUUUACCCAAAGACUCGGUUUCCUCUGCCUUCUGAGUCUCUUUAAUCAGCUGAAAGGAGGCCUGAUGAAUAUGAGGAUUCAUUAGCAAUCUUAAAUUAAACUUCUGUAACUCUCCUAUGAACCACUGGUGGAUUUUUUUUUCAUCUUUCCAGAAUAGUGCUGAGCCUAAAUCUAUGUUUGUCUUGUAACUGGGAAUUGACCACCGGGAGUAAAGAUAUUCCAAAUUUUCCGGACGCACCCAGACCUGGAGUAGGGUCACAAUCCUGCUCAAGCAGUGUUUUUUUUUAUCAUUUUUAUUUAUUUAUUUAUUUUACAGAAGAACUAGUGACGGGAAGAGACUCCUACAGAUCAGCUGUAUAAUUAGCCUCACUUGCUCCCAGCGUGAGUGCGUUUACUGCAUAUUGAGAGUUUGCCCUUUUCUUUUGCCACCAUAUCAAGGUAAUUACAUUUCCUUUUGUAGCCCCGUGAAAGGAGGCAUCACUGGCCUGCAGUUUUACUGCCUGCCCAUUGAAGCUUGGAGUACAUAAAUCCCUUAAAGUAGCUCUUUUUCUCCCUCCUCCUGCCCACACGGUGAGCUUAAUGAAAGCACAAUGAGGCAGCUUGAGUGCAAAGUAAACAGCUAAUGGUUGAGGGAAACGUGGCUUUUGGGAGCCGUGUGUCCGCUGACAGAGCGCCGUCAUUCUCACCAGAGCCGUGCGAUUCUGAUUGGUUAGAGGAUGUCUUAUUAACAUACUGUUAAUCAAAUAUAUUACUGUUCACCGUUACAGUAACAACGUACCUACACCGGAUGUGCUGCACAAACGGAUCAAAAACCUGCACAACCCGAUGUUUAUUUAACGUUUUUGGAAGGAGCCUCCAGUGUCAGGGUUUUCCCAGCGUUCUUCCAGAACGUGUCAUCUUCAGAAAGAGGGAAUAUGUAAUUUGUAUGCCUGGUUUUGCAUCUGCUUCUGCUACCGUUCAUUCAGUGCAUUACGCUACAAUUCAACCUAUAUAUUAAAUCAAACAUUACUCUUAUUUAGUUCUUAUUGCUCACUUUUUCCAGCCAUUUUUGAGUUUUUGAGCUUUUUACGUGGUCGGAGAGCAAAUAAAGUUGUCCUUUGUUUGAACUUAGUUUUUGUCAUUUCUUCAGCGAGAUCAAGGGGAAAAAAGGAAAAAUGCAAAACUGACCGGAGAUUUCCUCGGCCUGCUUUGGUGUUUCAUUUUACCCAAACACGAUUCUGUUUUGUGUUAAGCUCGCUGUCUGGUUCUGCACUCCUCCGCCGGCUUGUUUUUGAUUCAGCGGGAGAGAGCUGGGCGAGGGCAGGCUGUGCUAGCAGAGGGUAAUGCAGUAAUCACGUUGGCUCCCCCUGGAGUGGG